AGCGAGAUAGAGAGGGAAAGAUAGCUGUUGAUUCGGAGCGAAGGCCACCAUGAAUAAUGCCAUAACUUUAAGAAUUAUCACUCUCCGAUUCUCCUCCCCGUUGAAUUUUUCUCUCCAGUUCCCCUUUAUUCCCCAGAAAGUCCCUAACAAUCUCAACCCCUUCACGAGAAAACGAUCGAGGGCUCCAAAGAUACUGGCUUUCUGCGCCGCGACAAGUUCGGAAUCGCUGAGUUGUGGUGGUUGGGAUACCCCUCAACUCGCUGGGGACUCAGUCGGCUCAGGUGAGUCCAACCAUCUUCACAGCCUUCUGAACUCGCUUGGAAUUAAUGACAGAAAAUAUGUCUUUGUUUAUGUGUUGGGGUUCGUAUGUGCUUUGGCCAUUUCUCGGGUCAAAGUUUCAUCAUUUAUUGCACUCCCAGCUUGUAUGAUGGUAUUUGUUCUUGGGUUUACAACUGGGCUUGUCAAUGGAGGUAAGAUGAGCUCAAGUGGGACCAAGAAGAUGCCCAAAGACGAUGUUGUUGGAGUUCCUUUUGAAAAAUUGAACUUUUUGGUAGAAUCCAUUAAUGGGUUUGGUGCUAAGAUUCUGGAUUUGAAGAAUGAUGUUAAGAAAGGGAUUGAAUGCAAUCAUAUUACAGUGGGUGAUCUUGAAAAUUUUGUCAACAGUUUAGAAUCUGCUAAUUCAUCUGCUGUUAAUGCCAAAAGUAUCAUUGAUGAUUGUAUAGUAAUUAGAAACCUGGAAAUGGGGAGAAGCUCAAAUCAAAAGCCGAGCAGACAAAAGAAAGAUCCAGGAGAGAACCAAUUUAGUUUCACUCAGUUCUUUGCCGGUUUGUUUCAGGAAAAACCAGAUAUAAAGCAUAAUAAAUUGAAAAGUUUCAAAGAUGAUAAUAAUGACUUAAUGGAUGGGAACAUAUUGGGUGCAUCUUCUACUAAGGAUAGAAACAUAAACAAUAUUUUAACUCAAAAAGAUGGAAGUACUGAUCAGAGUUCAAACCGUACGUCUUUCAGCCAUGUCAAAGCGAGUAGAUCAAACACAUUUGCUGAUGAGAAUGCAUAUUCGCCUGAAAUGGAUUAUACUGUCCAAUCAGUUAUUGGAAGGCAACAACAGUAUGGGUAUAAGACUAACCGUACCCAUUACAUGCGGAACGAGAAAAUCUCUCUAAAGAACAAUGGUUAUCUGAAUGGAAGUGGGAUUUGGACAUCUGGUGAGUUCUUGAACAACUCUAUGGAGUUUACUGAAACAGUCUCUUCGUUCCAGAAAGGCCAAGAGGUCAACGAACUAGAAGAAAACUAUAGCAUGUUUGAUGGGCCAAAGAGGGAUGACAAAGAAGAAGAUUGUAGCUCAGAUGAUAUGAGCUUCGAUAAGUACAUCUCUGAAGCUAAUAUCCUACUGAAAGAAGCUAAGGGUUGCUCAAAGAAGAAAGGUAAUGAUAAGAUUGCAGAAGAUGCAUUCCGAAAGUCAGCUGUUAUACUUUCAAAAGCCACACACAUUAGACCUAUGAGUUUAUUGGCUGCGGGGUUGUUGGGAAACACAUACCUUCUUCACGGAGAGCUAAAACUGAGGACUAGUCGUGACUUGAGAAUGCUACUCGCAAGAACGAAUGUGCAAAAUGAGGAAGUUGGGAGGAAAGAGGAAAUUGUGUCUUAUCUUUUUAAUGUGUGUGAAGAGUGUGAAGAACUGCUGGUUAAUGCAGGAAGACAGUAUAAGCUGGCUUUAUCAAUCGAUGGGAAUGAUAUGAGAGCAUUGUAUAACUGGGGUCUUGCUCUCUCUUUCCGUGCACAAUUGAUUUCAGACAUAGGACCAGGUGCUGCACGUGAUGCCGACAAGGUGUUCCUGGCUGCAAUUGAUAAAUUCAACGCAAUGAUGUCUAAAAGCAAUGAAUAUGCACCAGACGCACUGUUCAGGUGGGGUGCGGCUUUACAAGAGAGAUCUCGGCUGCGACCCAGACGAAGUAGAGAAAAGGUUAGGCUGUUGCAGCAGGCUAGAAGGCUAUAUGAAGAUGCACUCGGUAUGGACUCUGGGAAUCUGCACCUUCAAAAGGCCUUGUCAUCCUGCAUCUCCGAGCUCAACUGGUUCAAUUAAACAUUCACAAUCCUCUCUUUUACACCCUCCGCCCGUUAAAGAACUCAUCUGUUUCUUUACGGAGUUUAAGAAAAAGCGAAAUUGUGCAGUGCAGAAAAGGUACAAAUGAACUGAACCACUCUUUUCUUUACUUUCCCUAAAUGGAAUGAGAGCUUUAUGGAAUAGUUAAAAGAGGAGAGUAAGACAUUCUUUUAAGAGGGGAGGGAGUAUUUGCUGCCUUUGUGAAUUUUUUUUUUUCUUCUCCACCAUCUUAUUUCUUUGCUUCUUUUAAUACAAAUUUUCCCUUAUG